AUGGUGAACCCUAAAUGGCGUGCUUCCAUGGUAGUUCCUGUGACGGCUUCAUUACAAUGCGUGUGGGAGAUUCUCAACGACUUCUGUGGAUUGAAAAAGUGGCAGCCUACCUUGCUGGUUUGUGAAAGAGUGGAUGGAACGCCUGCGCAGGGCCCUGGCUGUGUGCGCUACGUUUCUUUUCCGUCUCCCUACUCACCAGGCCAAAUUGCUUGGGCCAAAGAAAAACUCACAUCCUUGGACUGCACUAACCAUUAUUAUGGUUAUACUAUUAGCGACACAAACGUGAAGGGAUUUGAUGGGUAUGAAGGCACUUUGCAAGUCAUAGAAGGAAUGGAAGAGGAGAAGUGUUGUGUCAAAUGGUCUUUUGAGCUCAAUCCAGUUGAUGGCCUAUCUCAACAGGAGUUUGUGGAUAACUUCAGCUCUGUCUUGACUGCCACCAUUAACAGUCUUCAAGAUGUUGUUUCUUUCCAUUAG